AAUUGCCCCUAACCCUAAGUUUCAAAAGUGAAACCCUAAUCCCUAACCCUUAGCCGUCACUAUCCCUUUCCCUCCUAUCACCCAAAUCCACGGUGAAACCAGAAAUCAAGGCAAGCAGAAAGGGAAAACAGAAAUGGGGAAAAUAAGGGAGGAAGCGCGCCGGCCAGGGGAAGGAGUUGCUGCCGCCACGGUCGAUCACGUCUGCUGCCUCGCCUCCGUGCCACCAUGCCUCGCAGUCGAACCCAUUUCCGCUGCUACCACCGUCACGGAGAAGAGGCGUCGAAGAGGGGCCGAACUCGCGCCUUGUCGCUGCCGUCCCUGGGGCUUCGAGCCGCGUCACCGUCCUUAGUGACCCACGAAGCGAGAGCACACGCGCGGGGGUGGAGGACGGCGUUGCUGUCGCCGCUGCUUCUCCCAACUCCGCUGCUGCCCGUUGAAGACGACGCCGUCGCUGGUCAGAACUCAGGCGAGAGAGAGGAGGUCAUGAAGGAGGGAGCCGCACCCAGUCCCUGGUCGCCGCCGCGCCAAACGAGGGAGUGGCCGCCGUCGUUGCAAAGGAGCCGCGCGGCCACCUUCACAUUCUCGCGCACAGAGAGAGGGGGAUGCGCGAAGGGGGACCUUCUUCCGCCGCUGCUGCUUGGGAUCUUGUGGUCCAAGCCGCCAUUGAUGGAGCUUGAAUCGUCGUCAGCCAUGGCUGCUGUGCCUCCGGUCGCUGAGAAGGGCCACCGCUGCUGCCGCUGGAAAUUGCCACUGGAACUGGUGUCGUUUGGAGUUGCUGCAAGUUGCCGCUACCGGAAUCACUACCAGGGCUGCCGCUUCAUGGUUCAGUCACUUCUUAUUUGCGAGUUGAUGUGGUUACUGCAAAAGUGAGCGAAGCUGUGAUUCAAGCGGCCGGUAAUUUCGGGUUAAGAGAGAA